CCAUCUAACGAGGCUGCAGGCAGGGUCAUUUUUCAGAGCAGAGAGGGAGCUCGAAAAAAGGAUUCUAGUUAGGAAGAGAGAAAACUAUUACACUCAUACUGUUAUACAGAGAGGAGAAAAGAGAGAAAGCUAGCUAGAGAUCGAUCAUAUCAAUUGAGAUGGCUUCUUUCGGCGAGGCCCCCGGCGGAAACGCGGCGAGCGGCGAGAAGAUCUUCCGGACCAAGUGCGCGCAGUGCCACACGGUGGAGCGCGGGGGUGCGCACAGGCAGGGGCCAAACCUUCAUGGCCUCUUCGGCCGACAGUCCGGCACCACCCCCGGGUACGCCUACUCCACCGCCAACAAGAACAUGGCCGUCAUCUGGGAGGAGGGCACCCUCUACGACUACCUGCACAACCCCAAGAAGUACAUCCCUGGCACCAAGAUGGUAUUCCCCGGCCUGAAGAAGCCGCAAGAGCGCACCGACCUCAUCGCCUACCUCAAGGAAUCCACCGCUUGAUCGAUCCAUAUCGCCUCCAUGUAUGAAGGAAUUGAUCUUCCUCGACACUUCAAUUGAUCAUCUGCAUGUGCUGUCUGCAAGACCAUUCAUAAUUUCGUAGCUAGUAUUAUUAUUUACUGGAAUAUGUAUGUAUAUCUCUAAUAAGCAUGUUUGAGUCGAUCCACCGAUGAGUACGUGCGUAUUUGAAGUAUCUAUAAGAGUAUUAUCUUAUUAAUUUUACUUCAGACAAACAUGCAUGUACGCAUGAAUUGAUGCAUAUCGAUCCAUUUCAAUGCAGACCAAAGUUAAUUGUAGCUAGCAUGCAGGAUCGCAUUCUGACAACGGGCAUAUAUUGUUUCAAAAAAAAAAGACAACGGGCAUAUAUUAGUUAGAUGAUUCCGAGCAUAUAUAUAGUAAAAACCUCCAUAUGUGUUAUUGA